AUGAUUUAUUUGAACGAAUAUAAUCGUACUCUCAAUGAAGGUUUAGAUGAAUUAUAAAAAACAAUAAAUUCCUUAAGCAAAAAGGAAUAUAGCCAAAAAUAAGAUGGAAUUAAACAAUGUGAAGCUCAAGUUAAAAUAAUUUCCUCCAAAAUUGAAAGUUAUCAACUAGAGAUUUAUUUACUAGAUAAAGCCUAAAGCGUAAAGUACAAAGAUUUGUUAGAAUCAAUUAACUAAAGAUUUUUGCAAUUGUAAUCUGAACUAAAGUUUAAAAAAAAUGAAGCGUAGAAAUAUGAUAAUCUAUUUAAAGGAAGGUCAAAUUAGUAACCUUAAGGAUUGGAGGAUAUGAAUAGCUAAUAAGUUAUUGAAAUGGGAGAUUAAUUAUAGAAAGAUGCAUCAAUAAUAGUAGACCGCACCAUAGGAAUAGUUUAGCAGGGUAAUGAUUUGGCAGAAAAAAUCAUAAUGGAUAUUGAUUAACAAAUAGCCCAAUUGGAUAGUAUGUAUGACAAAGUAAAGGACACUCAAUCAGUUUUGAAAAGAUCGGCUGAAAAAAUAAAAUAUUUUGCAAAAUAAGUUUAUACUGACAAAUUGUUAAUGUGCUUGAUUGGCCUAAUUUUUAUCGCCAUCAUAGUUUUAAUUGUAUUAUCAGCAUUAGGAUUGGAUGAUGGAAAAUUUAUGACUCCAGAUUAAGUCAAAGGAUCUUUGGCAUCCGAUAGUUCUAGCAACAUGAAUACAAGCGCAAAGACUGCAUCUAAAUGA